AAACCUCAAAUAUUUGUUUCCUCAUACUUCAACAGUUGAACGUCACCUAACAACCUAUAACUACCAUAUCAAAUUCAAGCUAGGGUUUCUACUGUGUGUCUGCAACGCACCAAUUCCCAGGGGCUUUGAUUCUCAGCUUUUACGUUUUUGAGGCUUUUGUGCUUUAGGAUAACUAUGCCUCCGAGAGCGAGGAAGACGGCAGCCGGACCGGGCGCGAAAAGAGGGGGUCGGCCCAUUCGCGGGGCGUCCAGGGUCCAGCCCCUGCCUGCCGAGGAGCCGUUGAAGACUGUGAAGGUCGAAGAAGAGGAGAAACCCUCGCCGGGGUCUAAAAUGGAGCCGAAGGUUGAGGAAAAGCCACUAGCUGUUAAGGAGAAAUCCGUGACGCCGCCGAAAAUUGAACCAGAGAUGGAGAAACGUGAGGUUGAGAAGAAACAUGAGAACCGGUCUGGUCCUGGUAAGAAAGAUGAAGUUAAAGAGUCAGUUGAUGAAUAUGAAAAGGAUGAAAGGUUAGAUUUGGAGGACAACGAACCUGAGUAUGAAACUGAAGAGUAUACUGCUGUAGAUUAUGAUGAAAGGGGAACUGAUCAGGAGGAUAUAGAGGAAGAGUGUGUUGAAGUUGUGGAAGAACUUGAGGAGGGUGAUUUUGGUGAAGAGGAAGAUGGUGAUAUGGGUGAGGAGGAAGUUGAAGAUGUCCAUGACUCCCAUGAGGAUGUUGAGGUUGAAGAAGAUAAUGACCACCAUGCUGAGAUGGUUGAUGCAGCUGAGGAGGAAGAACAUCAUGAAAUUGUGAAGGAAAGGAUGAAGCGCAAGGAGUUUGAAAUUUUUGUAGGUGGCUUAGACAAGGAUGCUACUGAGGAUGAUCUUAAAAAGGUCUUUAGUCAAGUUGGUGAAGUUACUGAAGUGAGGCUUAUGAUGAAUCCUCAGACCAAGAAGAACAAAGGAUUUGCAUUUUUGCGUUUUGCAACAGUUGAACAAGCCAGGCGAGCUUGUAAAGAAAUGAAACUUCCAGUGGUUAAUGGGAAACAAUGUGGUGUCACACCAAGUCAAGACAGUGAUACCCUGUUUUUGGGUAACAUAUGCAAGACAUGGACAGAGAAAGCUUUAAAGGACAAGUUGAAGCACUAUGGUGUUGAGAAUAUUAAUGAUUUGACAUUAGUUGAGGACACAAAUAAUGUCGGGAUGAAUCGAGGCUUUGCAUUCUUGGAGUUCUCCUCGCGCUCAGAUGCCAUGGAUGCAUUUAAGUGUCUGCAGAAGCGAAAUGUUGUUUUUGGAGUUGACAAGCCUGCCAAGGUUUCAUUUUCAGAUUCAUUCAUUGAUCCAGGUGAUAAAAUCAUGGCACAGGUCAAAACAGUGUUCGUGGAUGGCCUUUCUGCAUCUUGGGAUGAGAAUCAUGUCCACAACCUUCUUAAAAAAUAUGGGAAGAUUGAAAAAAUUGAGCUUGCUUGUAACAUGCCAUCUGCCAAGAGAAAGGAUUUUGGAUUUGUUACUUUUGACUCCCAUGAUGCUGCAGUCACUUGUGCUAAAAUGAUUAACAAUGAGGAGCUAGGUGAAGGAGAUAAUAAGGCGAAGGUUAGGGCUAGAUUGUCAAGACCACUUUCAAGGGCCAGGGGAAAGUAUGGUGGCCGGGGUGAUGUCCGACAUAGGCAUGGACCAGUAAGAGUUCCCAGGGCCCCAUGGGGUCGUCCAGUCCCACCUAGUCUUCCUGUGCGUCGACCAAGAACUGGUAUGCGUGUGCAACCUGUGGUUGAUCGUAGUUUCAGACGACCCGUUGGAUAUAGAGAUUCUCGACCAGUCAUGACCAUACCACCUCGGAGCAGACCAGUGGCUCCUCCUUUGGCCCGAAGGUCCUAUAACAGGAGACAACCUGCUCCUGUAUAUCCAAAAAAUAGUUUUAAAAGGGACUAUGAGCGGCGUGAAGAGCUUGCUCCUCCUAGAAGCAGAGAUUCAACAGCCUAUGCUCAUAGACUGUCUUCCGAUAAGCGUACAUUGUAUAGAGAGGAAUAUUCUUCCCGUGGGCCUAGCUAUCCUGAUUUGCCAAUAGAAACAUCUCGAACUUCAGCAAGAAGAGCUUAUGUUGAUGAUAACUAUGGCCCUGUGAUUGAAAGACAACCUCCAGCAUACUACCGUGAGGGACGUGGUCAUGAAUAUGAGUCUAUAUCUGGCUCAAAACGUUCAUAUUCUGCACUUGACGAUGUCCCUCCUCGAUAUGAUGAUCCAGGAGUGCGACAUUCCCGUGCACGUUUGAGUUAUGAUGUUGCAGGGGGCAAUGCUUCUCAAUAUGGGGAUGCCUAUGGUGACAGGUUUGUUGUCAUUAACUUGAAGAAAGUAUUUAGUUUCCUUUUCGCCAUCUGCAUUACUAUACUGACUUGUCUUUUGUUUUAUAGCAGACUUGGGAGGUCUAAUCUUGGAUAUAGUGGCAGCAGAAGUAGUAUAUCUAGUCAGGAUUCACGUGGGCUGUAUAAUAGUCGCCAUGGUAUGGGCUAUAGUGGAGGCUCCUAUAGUCGUAGUGACGCUGGUGGGGUGUACUCAUCGGGGUAUGGUGGUAAUUACGUGUCUCGUGGUGGUGAUGUCGGUGGUAGUUCCUAUUCGUCACUUUAUUCUAGUCGUGGCAUGGGUGGUAGUGGCUAUAUGGGGAGCGGUGGGUCUGGAUCUUAUUAUUGAGGUAAGUUACUAGAUGAAGACUUCCCUGCCCCCCUUCCACCAAAAAGUAAACGAACUAGAAGAAGGGCAGUUUUGUCAUAUUUUUUGCUCGAACGGAAUAUAUGAUUGUUUGAAGUUAUAGCUCGUGCUUCUUCUUCUCAAGGUCCUGUCGAUAAGGACAGGAUGAUCAUGAUGGUUAUUGAGAUGGAAGUAUAAGUAUAACAAGCAAGUAAAGGGUCUUUGUGGUUUGAGGGAGAAGAUGCUUAUUAUAUCCAAUCAUUUGAUGCAAGAGGAAUAUGGUGAGAUCAGUUUAAAUCAUAGAUGUAAUGACAGUUUAGUUUCCUAGUGAUAGGACAACUGUUUACUAAAUGAUAUUUAUUUCAAUUAUUUUUUUAUUGGUAUAUAUACUUGCUAGAGUUUAAUGGAAUAA